AGGUCAAGAAGGUCAUUUCCGUCUACAUUUUCUUUAGUACUAUAUAGUGAAGUCAAUUUAUUUUUUUCUCGACAGAAGUUUGGCCCUGUAGACUGACCAGAGUCCAGGGUUAUAGCCACAAAUACUGAUCUACAAUCACCGCAGCUCCAAUAACCUUAACCCAAGAGAAGAAAGAAAGAAUGCCUGAGGUCCAUGAGCUAAUCCUUGGCCCAGUAUCCUGCCAUUGCUGGAAUGGAGACAGAUCCAAGUUUGCGAUGUCCCCUAACAACAACGAGGUCCACAUCUACUCUAAGAAGGGGCCCAAGUGGGAGGUGGAGUCCGUCCUCACAGAGCAUGGUCAGAGAGUCACUGGGAUGGACUGGGCCCCAGAGAGCAAUAGGCUUGUUACCUGUGCGGCCGAUCGUAAUGCUUACGUGUGGAGUCCUGACAGCUCUGGAUGGAAGCCAUCCCUCGUCAUUCUGAGGAUCAACAGAGCAGCCACCAUUGUCAAAUGGUCACCAAAGGAGAACAAGUUUGCCGUGGGAAGCAGCGCACGCCUAAUCUCCAUCUGCUACUUUGAGGAGGAGAAUGAUUGGUGGGUGAGUAAGCACAUCAAGAAGCCUCUCCGCUCCACCGUCCUCAGCCUGGACUGGCAUCCCAACAACUACCUCCUGGCGGCAGGGAGCUGUGACUUCAAGGCACGAGUUUUCUCGGCGUAUGUGAAGGAGAUUGAGGGGAAGCCUGAGCCCACUCCCUGGGGCAAGAAGAUGCCAUUUGGAGCCAUUAUGGCCGAGUAUGCCAACGGUGGUGGUGGCUGGGUCCAUUGUGUGUGCUUCUCUCCCUCGGGGAACAAGCUGGCCUGGGUGGGUCAUGACUCGAGCAUCUCUGUCGUCAACAAAGCUGAGGACCAAGUGGUGACAGUGAAGCACAACAACCUGCCCUACCUUGCUUCUCUCUGGGUGAAUGAGAACAGCCUGGUGUGUGCCGGCUAUGACUAUUACCCUGUCCUCUGGAGUCAUGACGACGCUGGCAAGCUCACCUACAUCAACAAACUAGAUGCUGCUGAGAAGAAACAGGCUGGACGUGUCAGUGCUAUGGACAAGUUCCGUGACUUGGACAAGCGUGCUCAGUCUGGAACAGCAGACACCUCGGUACUGUCCACUCAUCAGAAUGCCAUCACUCAGAUCUUCCCUAUGACGGGACCUAGGGACAGCCUCACUGCUUUCUCUACCACUGGUGUGGAUGGGAAACUUGUCAUAUGGAACUGCAAGUCCAUUGAGUCCCAGAUUGCUGGUAUCAAGUUUUGAGCAAACGGCUGAACUGAACUGAGACAGAGACAGUUAGUAGGAGCAUAGCUAGCGUAGGUUGGUUGUAGUGACUUUUCAACUGAUGAAUUUGUGCAAAAACUUUUGUUGAUU